GCUUCCCGUGACAGCUCGACGCCUCAUCAUGGUGUGCAUGUCGCGCGUGUGGCAGCGGGGCUCCGGGUUUGCCGCGCGGUUUAGGAAGCAAGACUGGGCGAGCAGGUUGGCGGGUCUCUCUGUUAGAUACUACAGCACAAAAACAGCGCCUCAGAUCCCAGGGAUGGAGUACCAGGUAAGACCAAAAAGUGCUUCAUCUGCCUUACGUUUGAAUCAGUUGCUAGCCAAGCUAACUAGCCACCAGCGUCAGUUUGGUAAGUUUGUAAUAACUCAGACAGAUUCUGCAGAUCAGAGAUGAUAGAAACAUGGCUGACAAAAACACAUGAGACCACUAUAACUUUUUAGAUGGUGAUGUCAAGAGAGCUCGAAAACAGCUGUUGGUGUCUGAGUGUCUGCUGUCUGUCUGUGUGAAGUUAACUGUGACCAUAGCUCUACUGUACUGUGUGUUCCUGCCACACUGACAGGCUCAAACUCACUCUACAGCCGGUCUAACACACGUGGUCUGAGCGCUCUUUGAAACUGGUUUGAGUUGGGAUAAUGUUGCAUCUUAUGUAAACUGAGUUCUUCGCCUUCAGAUUUCCCAUGUUUUUUUUGUAAUUUUGGUUCACUUUUCAUAAACUACUUUAUUCGAAGUGUCUUGAACAUACAGGAGACACUUUUAUAUCUAUAUUUACAUGAUUUUUAUGUUUUGUUGAAGUUAUUGGAUAUCAGUUGGAGGAUUAUGUGCUGGUAAUAGACUUGUAUCCAAGUACAUAUUGUACCUGUUUGUUAACCACAAAGUAUGACACUGGCUUUUCAACUUAUGACAAGAUACUAUGUGAUACACUGUUUUGCUUCUCAUACAAUUCAUCAAGACAAUCAUAUGAAGUUAUAUGAUAAGUUACUUAAUACCUAGUCAAGCAUUCCUGAUGGUUCAUGACAUUCAAAGACAAUUGUGUGACGACAGCUGGUGUCUGUUGAUCUGUCUCUUCCUGAGGUUGGAGGACUAAGAGGACUAAGAAACUGUGUAGUUCCUCUCUUAUUGCCCUUUUACCGUUUGCUGUGACUAAUGUAACAGCUGCUGUUGUUUUUAUUUUUACUACUGUGUUGCUUUCUUUGCGUCAUUGUGUCUUUCUAUAACACAGGUGUCAGACUCAAGGCCCGGGGGGCAAAUCUGGCCCAUGGAACAAUUAUAUCUGGCCCACAAGAUCAUAUCAUAUAUUAUUAUUGGCCCACCAGUAUGAAGUCUGCAGAUUUCCUCCAGUAUAAUAAUGUAAACUGUAGUACCAUUGUUUAAAAUGUCCUUUAUAAACCAUGAAAAUCUGGGAAAUUAAAGAGUAAGGAUGAUUUGAUAAAUAGUCAAGAAUGUGGGGGAUUUUAUUUUAUGUUUUCAAUUUUCCAUUUCAGGAUUACAGGUCAAACAUGAUUGGAUUUUUUAUUUCAUGCUUUGACUUGUUUCACUUAUAUACUUAAGAUUCCAAUUUAAAAUUUUAAGUCAUAUUUUGACCUUUAAAACCUGAUUUCAACGUUCUUCUCUUGUAUUUGCUCUUUAAAAGCAUUAUUUUUCUAUUUUUGAUAUCAUGCUCUGAUCUUUUCAACUAAUAAAUAAAAAUAGAAUAAGAAAUUAAAAUUAUUUUUUCUAUCUCAGUUUAAACUUAUCUUUUUUUUUUUUUUUAUCUUUUUUGAAUUUCCAAAUAAUUUAUAAUCAUUGCUAUUUUUGUUACAUAUUUUUUGACAGUUUUGGUGAAAUGUUUGGCCCUCAGGUUAGACCUAAAUCCAGAUUAUGGCCCUUACUGUGGUAGAGUUUGACACCUCUGUUCUAUAAUGUCAUUUUUUCGCUUAUGUCUCUUAUUGUCGCACAAGCAUAAACGACAACACUGAACACCAUUCUCGGGCCUAACAGAGAGAUUAUGUUUGAGAGACUGAGUGAGUUUGCUGUGGUGAACACAGAUAGAGAUCACACUGAAAGUGUCAGUAGUACGUCAUGUUAUGUAACGCUGAAUUUUCACCCAGUGUAAAAAAGUUGGGUGUCAGACUCUUGGAUGGUCUAUCAAUGCAAUAAACCAGAUAAUAAACAUGUUUGUUUUUGUUGUAAAGUUAGAUAUUAAACACAGGUUUCUAUUGACACUAAGCCGUGGCUUCAUUUUAGUCCUAUAGUAACCUCUCUUUAACUGAUCGAGACGUCCUACUUAAACAAAAACAAGGCCCAAAAGAUAAGAGUGGGUGAUAUUAUUGAAAAGCUAUGAAUUUGUCAAGCAUAUAUUGAAAAUAGGAUUGACUGUAACCUAAAAUAUAAUGUAAAGUAAGUGGGUCAGGGUAAGCAGGAUCUCACACAAAACGACCUUCUCAUUGAAGACCAACCCAACAAACUGGUGGAAGUUAAAAAGACGCCAUUACUGCAGCGGCCUGUGGAAGAAGCUGUGGAGUUCAGCUGCUCUAUCAGUCCUGACAAACUUUCUAUUCUUUACAAAAAAACUCAAGGCUUAUCAUGAAGCGUCACUUUACAGAGGUUAACCCAGUGCAGAGAGGACUGAAAUACUCCAGAAAAGACUGAAAGUUUUGGCCACAGUGUCAACAGGUUUCCCAUGUGUAGUAUUAAUCACCUUUGUAACAGGGUUUUGACCAAUCAGAAUCAAGUAUUUAACAUAUCUGGGUAAUAAUUAUAUUUUGUUACUCAGUUAGAGGUGAAAAAUCUAGACCGCACCAAACUUAUGCAAAAAUAUAACUUGUUAUUCUGCAGGAUGCCGUUUGCACACUGAACACGCUGCAGACCAAUGCCAGCGCUCUGGAGCAGGUACGACGAGAGCGGAGUCACCCUCAGCAGCAGCUUCACGCCAUGAGAAGCUUUCUGGAACGAGCCGGUCUCAAAGUGAGUCUUAAUCAUCAGCUCACAAGAACAGAGGACAUGUUUGUCACCUUGAGUCAGAGUAUCAAGCUUCAAAAGAGUGUCACUGAUGUCUGAGGUGAUAGAUUUUGUGCAGUCUUAUCUAAUGUUUGUAUUUUUGUGUGUCAAAGGUGGAAGAACUGGAUCAUCUCAAUAUCAUUCACGUGACAGGAACAAAGGGCAAGGUGAGCUAACCAGAGUGAUACUGAGCCUGAGCUCUGGUUAUGUAACCUCAGCGUUCGUUAACUCACUGAUCUUUUUCUGACAGCUUUAUGUGUGUUUGUGUUUUUCCUCAGGGCUCCACGUGUGCGUUCACCGAGCAGAUUUUAAGAAGUUAUGGCUUCCGCACUGGAUUUUACAGGUAGGUGGAUGAAGAAAGUCAAAACUGCUUGAUGCUUCAGCAUUGAAGAUUUUUGAGAUUAAUUAGAUUUAAUAAUAUAACACACGAAUAAAUCUGUAAUAUUAAGUAAAAAUAAAAAAAGUAAUGCCGUCAAAAAGUUGGUCCAGCUUACGAUCGUAAAUAAAAUGUUCCAGUUGCUUCAGAUUUGCUUUCAAACACUUUUUACCUCUCAGUGUGAACAUCUAUCUCCAUGACAAGCACUUAAGUGUUCAUUUAAGCCCAUUUUAAAACUAUGAGUCACUGAUGCAAACAUGAGAAACCUGAGGCUAUAUUUGAAAUUAUUAGAUUAACAUGAUUAGAAUUACAUACCUGGCUUUGAUUAUUAUUUAACUAAAACCUUUUAUUUUCAAAAUGAAACAACUUCUCAGAUAAAUUUCCCUCUGAAAUUCUUUGAAAUAUCUCACAUUUUCAUGACAGAGGAGACUACAUGUACAAAAACACUGUACAACUACUACUACACUUAGCAGGUACAAACACGCAAAAGUCAAAAACACACAGAUGUUAAGAUACUUAGUACAUGUACAUCCAUAGGGGGCACCUGAAAGUUCCUCACAGUUGCAUUUAAUUUAAUAUUUUACAUGUAAUAUUGAUGCUAUUUGGUAUAAUAUUUGACACGAGUGAAAUCAGUCUUGUUUUUCUAAAUCUUAAUGUCUUUUUUUUUAUCCACUGUGUCAGCACAUAGAUUCAGCAGCUCAGUAUCCAUGUACACAAAGUUCUUCAGUCUGAACUUCAUUUCAUGUUUAUUGCUUUUCAACCAGUUUCAACACGUAGUUUUCAUAAUUCAGCCUGAAUCCAGUCCUCUUCUUGGAUCAUGGUAAUCCUGAAAUUGUAGAUUUAAGUUUCCUCAGUCUGGGAGUUUCAGAUAGAAAUCUAAAACUGGAUUCUGGAGUUUUUUGCGUCUGAUUUGGGACCGUCUUUUUUUCUUUUCUUCGUCUAUCAACAUCUAUCAUGUGAUUGUUUUGAUCCCAUCAGAUGAAUUUUGGCCCUUGUACACAUUUAUAUGUUUGCAUGUAUUUUUUCAUGUACUGACAGUAUAUAAACUCAUGUAUUGGUCCGUCUGUCUGUGUUGCAGCUCUCCUCAUCUGGUCCAAGUCAGAGAGAGGAUUCGGAUCAACGGUCAGCCCAUUGGUAAAGAGCUCUUCACCAAAUAUUUCUGGCAGGUUUAUGGACGUUUGGAUGAAACUAAGGUGGGUCAUAUACCAAAAAACAAGACUGACAGGUUCCUGUUGUUGCUGUUUGCUACUUUCUUUCCCCAUUCCACUCAUGGAAAGAGUCGAGAGUAUUAACCUCCUGUCUGUUGACAUUUUCAGUCCUCUCUGAUGUAUUUAAAUCGGUCGUACGUUGUGUGCGUUUAUAAUCCAGCCCAGUGAACCUUCAGGGUUGUCUCAUCAGUAUCACAUGUUGUAAUUUAGUAAAAAGGAAAAUAAGGCUCCUCAUGUGAGGAUGAGCGUGAGCCUCAUGUGACAGCACUGAUUGAAAACCUCCAGCAUGCAGUUUGUCUCCUAAUGGAGGCAUUAAAAUAGACACAAUGAGAAUCUGUUGAUUUAGACUUUGACUGUGGUUGUAAAACUGUUUGCUUGUUGGAGCAACACUGAAAGCUGUAAAAACAACAUUGUAAUUGAACUUGUAAAGUCAUCCAGGUGUCAUUUUUCAGACCCAAAGUGACAAACAAAAGUUUUAUUUCAAUCAGAGUGCCAAAGUCAUUGUCCAAAAACAUAAUCUUUCUCUCUUUUUCUCCAUCUUACAUCCUCAGGAUGCUCACGGAGGGACGAUGCCAGCAUAUUUUCGUUUCCUCACCAUCUUGGCCUUCCAUGUGUUCCUGCAGGAGAAAGUCAGCUGACAGAGAAAAUAAAAUCUGCUUUAACUUUAAGUCCAACUCUGCAUAAAUCUAAUGACCUCUGUUGUUUGUCCAGGUGGAUUUAGCUGUGAUUGAAGUCGGGAUUGGAGGAGCUUACGACUGCACAAACAUUAUAAGGUGAGACUGAAUUUGUCGUGAUGAAUCAGGACCAAGCAUAAAUUUUGUUUUCGUCAAUAAAUAAUGGUUGAAAGGUAUAAUGAUGACAUUUUAAAUAGAUCAUUUGACAGCCCUAGCACACAUAAAUACAGCACUCUGUUGUAUUUUCAGCCAACAUCUCAUUUCAGAACUCCUCAGUCAGAACGAGGAUCCUGUCUUUAUAUUCUCUGGUUGUGCAAAUUGUACAAACUGUUUGUGACAUGGGGUCAGGGAACGCUCCUCCCUCCAACAUAACAUGCCUUUGUUCACGUCUUUGGCCACAGUCCAAAGUCCCACUUUCCCAACAGGCCUGCAGGAAGUGGUGCAUGUUAUUUUGGCUGGAGUCCAGGGGCGCUGCAUGCUCUGCAUCCAAAAACGGCUCUUGGAAUCUUAACCUUGAGUAUUAGAUCUACCCCACAGAAACUGGAGCACGUUCACUGGGUCUUAGUCCUCUGUGACAUUUGAUUUGAAAGAGUUAAAGCAUCAUUCAGUGAGUUUAGAACAACUGACAUCCUUUCAUGCUUACUGCACACUAACCGAGGCAUAAAGAGACUUGCUCUGAACUCAAAUGACCAUGGCAAAACAUGAACACAAACCCCCUAUCAAGUUCAGGCCAGCCAAAGCAGGCUUAUAUAAGUGUAACAUGGCAAAGAUCCUUUAUGAGUGAUUCAUUUGAGUGUUAAAAAAAAAGAAGGAUGAUUACACAUAAACAGGUAAAAACCAGGAAGGAGAUGAAGAGUACUGGUUUGUCCACAGGGGGCACCAAAACUGACAUGAACCAAAAGUUCCUCACAGGAGCUUUAAAUGACAGGAUCGAUUAUUUGACAUUAAUUCCAUAAUAAAUGUCUUUUUUUUUUUUUUUUUUUAAUAUAUAUUUCACAGUUUGCAUUUAGAUGUUUUUCCACAGACUGUCUUGAAGAACCUUAAAACUGGUUUCUAACCUCUUUUUAAACUCAACAAACCCAUAAAACCUAACCAUUAUUUGUGGAUGUAUGUCAACAGGAGGCCAUGGGUGUGUGGUAUCUCCUCCCUGGGCAUCGACCACACUCAGAUUCUGGGAGACACCAUCGAAAAGAUCGCCUGGCAAAAAGGAGGGAUAUUCAAGGUUUGUUUGCCAUGAGAUUUCUGAAGCCAGAAACUUAAGGCCAACUUUAACCUGUUUUUUUUAGCAUUUUAAACUUCACCUUGGAUCAGUACAGUUGUUUAGAAAGUUGCCUCUUGUCUCAGGAGAGAGGAGUUUUUCAGAGUUUUUGAGAUGAUAAAAACGGAGCAUCUUCAUUUAGUGAGAGAAGCUGUGAGAUGUGUAAAAUCAUUCUGCAUUACUCAGUGUCUCUGUCUAGCUAUUCAGAAAUCUGGGUUUUGUGAUGCCUGAAAUCCAGCUUUGACAACAUUGGAGUCACCUUUGUAUCUUUUGCUCACUGUUAAAAUUUCUUCCAGACGGGGGUUCCUGCCUUCACAGUCAGACAGCCAGAAGAGGCGAUGGCCGUGCUCAGAGACAGAGCAAAAGACAUCAAAGUAAGACACCAGAGCUGUUCUUUCAGUCAGAGUAAUGCUAAACAUUUAAAAUGACUUUGCUUACAGACAUAUGCACCCAGAAUCACUCAGAUGUAACUUGUUGUUGUAGUGUCCAUUGUGGGUAUGCCCAGAUUUGGAGAACUAUCAAACGGACCUCUCUGAACCUCUACGCCUGGGUCUGGCAGGACAGCAUCAGCGCUCCAACGCCUCCCUGGCACUUCAGCUGAGUCACACAUGGCUGCAGAAAAGAUGUCUACGAGGUGAGAGUGGAAUGUUCACUAAUAUAGUAUCUGAAAAAAAGCAAAAGGCAAAAAUCAAUCUCUUCACUAUUUCCCACACAUGGAUGAUACCUGGGCGAGCCACCAGGGUAUAUUUGCUGACUAUCCUGAGUGAUCAGCUCCCCUUCUACACUAUGCAUGUAUGCACAAGUAGCAUCUGUAGUCUUCAUAGAUGAUUAGAAGGGCAUGUGUCUUGCCCAAGGAUACCUUGGAUUGGGAGACAUUUAACCAUACAGUGUUGUUAGUGUGACAAAUAAAAGGCUUUUUGGAGACUCUUUGGUUAUCUAAAGUCAGAUCAACCUAAAAGAAUAUUUUUUUCCUGUAUUGGUCUGAGCAAAAUAAACCUUGUCUGAUAAUUACCUGGUACUAAAUCCUGAAUUAAUAAAUCCUGACUUUAGUCUAACGUGAUCACUAAAAGAAUUUCUCUCUGCAGAUAAAAGCUUUCCUGCUGCUCCUGUUGAGAACACAGGUGUACUCCAGGUGACUCCCUUUAAGCCCAGCCCCGUCAUGGUGAAAGGUGAGGAUCAAUCAAAGUUGAUAAGAGCAAAAUAAAAACAAAGAUCACUCCUCAGACUCUGCUGAUACAGCACACUGAGAGUGAAGACAAAGGGUUUGGCUAAUCAGCUAAAUCAGGUAUUUCAGCAUUUAAAGAGGACACUCAAGCCCAGAACAACCAUAGCUCACAUUUAAUUCUUGAUGUCAUUACCUGUGUCUAGGUUUGGGCUAAGUGAGAUUUGAAUGUAAGAGAGUCAUUAUUUUUAGUGAUAACUGCCAAAGGUGAAAGAAGUGAAACGCUAACAGAUCAGAAAUCACCCAGUAUCAUUCUUUGUGUUCGGUCUCAGGGUUGGCAGACACUGAAUGGCCCGGGAGAAACCAGACCCUCAAACAUGGAGAGGUCACCUAUUUCCUGGAUGGAGCUCACACCAUGCGCAGUAUGCAGGCCUGUAUUCACUGGUUCAGAGAGGUAGCAGCUCAGCAUGAGAGGACCGCAAGGUGAACAUUCCACUUUGAUAAUUCACAUUGAAACAGUGAUGCUGCAGUGGGCGUGAGUUGACGUAAAACCUGAACUCGUGUUUGUGUUUCAGUGGACCUGUGGCCAGGGUUCUGCUGUUUAACGCCACGGGAGAGAGAGACUCAGCAGCCAUGCUUAAACUCCUGGUGGUGAGUUGAACAGCUUUAACCUCCAUACAGAGAAAAUAACAUGACACUGUGGUUGACAUCAUUCUGAAUAUAUGGAUGUCCUUGUAGAGAAAGUUAGAAACAAUAUUUUUUUAACCUCUACUUCUUUCCAUCUCAUUAAAUUUUCUUAUUAUAUGAACAAAGUAUUUAUAUGUAUCAUAGGAACUUGUAAUUUUUCACAUCUUUCUGAGUUGGAGAAAUUAAUGAACAAACUAAAUCUGUUCAAACACUCAAGAAAGCUCAGUUUCCUCCGUAUGCUGUUCACUCUUCCAUCUUUGCAAAUGUUUAUCCCUUUUCCCCCUCGUCUUUCUUUUCAGCCAUGUCAUUUUGACUUUGCUGUGUUUUGCCCCAACAUCACUGAAGCCAUCACGUCUUGUAAUGCAGGUGAGAUGUUUUGAGAUUGGAUUCCUCUCUGUAUAGUAAGACUGACCACUGUGCAUACAGUAUCUGUAUCUGUGCACCGUAUGGGUAUAGAAUGUAAACAGGUGCACAACAAUACUACCGUCACAGCUACCUGACUACACUAAAUUAAGCGAGGCAGUGCUGUCUCGUUCAUCUUUGGGGUACACAUCUAUGAAGGUCCUCAUUCAUCCAGGUCCUUGUAACCCAAGGGUCAGUCCAAAGGGGCAUCUGGACCCUGUUUAAGUUCUUAAGAUGUUCCUCAGUUCUGAACUACCAGAGUUACUUUUGGAUAUCAUGGAUAAUAUGAAUGUCAGUCUAUUUCAUGAAGGUCAAAAAGUCCUCACAGGAGCUUUAAGUGUCAUAGUCUGAAUUAAAGUUCCAUUGAAACAAAUAGGAAACUGUUGAUUUUUUUAAGAACGUGUUUCAUCUUUACCAUAAAACUAAUCUGCCCUCAUGUCUUUCUACACCCCACAGAUCAACAGAACUUUAAUGUCUCUGUGGAGAACAUGCUGACUCGCUGCUUGGACAAUGAGAGGAGCUGGCGUCUCCACAACAACAUAGGCGAUAACAGAGGAACUCAGCUGCUUAUCGAAGACAGCCUGUCCCUGGUCCCUGAGAGGAAAGCUGACACCCUGGUCUUCCCCUGCAUCCUCAGCGCCCUCCAGUGGAUCACCCAGGGCAGGGACUCAGUGCUGACAGACCCAGCCAAAACUGUCCUGCCUGUAAAACCAAGUGUGAAGGCCAAAGCUGCUUCGCUCUGUGAUGCAGCAGAGAUCCACGUCCUCAUUACAGGAAGCCUUCACCUGGUGGGAGGAGCACUAAAACACCUUGAUCCAGCGUCUUCAAAGUAAAGGGAUCAUGUGGGGUUGGAAUAAUGAUUUUAAACACAGGGAGGGCUCUGCUGAUGGACACAUUUACCUGGAAGUGGAAAAAUUAUAAUUGGUACGUUUGAUGAACCGUUGGAAGUGGGACUUUACCUGAGCAGGUUCAGUCACACCACGGUAAUGCUGUUGUCUAGCUAGCUUUUCCUCAGUGGCUGACUCUGGCAGCCAGCCAGUUGGGACCAAGGCAGCUUAAUAUCAAUUGCAAACAGCCCUAACUUCACCCAGAGCCUUACAGACGAGGCACAAAUCUGUGGUGCUUGAGUCUUAAGUCUUAAACUUGAAGCCAAAUACGUUUACAUGAACGUUAGAUUCUGCUGAAAGCAACACUGGAACUGUGUGUUGGUGAUCUCUGAGACCACCUGACUGAACAAGAGGUUUAUGGAAGUCAUGACACUUCACACCAUGAAUACAAAAGCUGCAGAUUACAAGGAAGUAGACCGUGCCACAUGGGCAUCUAUGAUUUUUGCGUGAUUUAAUUUAAGUUUUUACAUCUGUUUCAUACACCUGACCUGUCACAGUCUUUUUUUUUUUGUAAUGAAAGACAUUUUGCACAGUUUGUACUUUUUAUUUUGCCAAAAUGACAAUGAGCCUCACACACAGGACCUCCUCUUAUUUGGUGUAAGUGUGUAGAUAGAAAAACACUAAUGCUAGCAUCAGAUAAGUUCACGUCAAUAAUAAGUGUCAAUAAUGUCUGUGUAAUCCGGUUUCUACGAAUUAAAAUAAUUCAAGUCACAUUGUCUGCCAUCACACACCCUCACUGUCUGUAAGGAUGUACGAUGUGUGAUUGUGUGAAAAACGAUGUAUGUAAGAAGUGCAGAGUGCAAAUAAAUAUAAAUGUUGGAAUUUGUACGAA